AUUUUAUUUAAUUAAUCGGUAUUUUAAAUAGAAAAUUAAAGUAAACAAGUCGAGAAAGCGAUGGUUGAAUCAAAAUAAUUUUUUUUUUAAGUUAUAUUUCUGUCAGAGGACAAUAUGAAUAUUCCAUCAUAUUCACUUAACACACUAAAGGGGUUAUAUGAUAUAUCUGGUGUGGAAGUAGGCCAACAUUUCUAUUGGCAAAUAGGAGGUUUCCAAAUUCAUGGUCAAGUACUUAUAACUUCUUGGGUUGUAAUUGCUAUCUUAUUAGGUUCAGCUGCUAUAGCUGUUCGGAGUCCACAAACUAUUCCGACUGGCGGUCAAAAUUUCUUUGAAUAUGUCCUUGAAUUCAUUCGAGACGUGAGCAAAACUCAAAUUGGAGAAGAGUAUCGUCCUUGGGUUCCCUUUAUUGGGACUAUGUUUCUAUUUAUUUUUGUUUCGAAUUGGUCAGGGGCUCUUUUGCCUUGGAAAAUCAUACAAUUACCUCAUGGGGAGUUAGCCGCACCCACCAAUGAUAUAAAUACGACUGUUGCUUUAGCUUUACUCACGUCAGUAGCCUAUUUCUAUGCGGGUCUUACAAAAAGAGGAUUAAGUUAUUUUGGUAAAUACAUUCAACCAACCCCAAUUCUUUUACCCAUUAACAUCUUAGAAGAUUUCACAAAACCUCUAUCACUUAGUUUUCGACUUUUCGGAAAUAUAUUAGCGGAUGAAUUAGUAGUUGUUGUUCUUGUUUCUUUAGUACCUUUAGUGGUUCCUAUACCUGUGAUGUUUCUUGGAUUAUUUACAAGUGGUAUUCAGGCUCUUAUUUUUGCAACUUUAGCUGCAGCUUAUAUAGGCGAAUCCAUGGAGGGUCAUCAUUGAUUAGUGUUAGGAAGAGUCUAUCGUUUAGUUUAGAUCCAGGUAAUAUAUCUAUGUAUCAAGAUAUUCUAUCAAGAUAAUCUAUGUUAUCUAGAACAUAUAAAUGUCAAAAUUCAUACAGUCUAACCGGAAUAGAAAAAAAAAGAUUCGAGCGAGAAGUGUAAAAUAAAAAAGAAAAGAAGGUGUUGGUUAGUAGAGAGGGGGUGCCGCAGGUAUGUGGAAUCUAAUGACUAUUUAAGUUAAUUCUUGCAGAUUAGAUGGUUCGAAGAAUGAUUAGAAAAUCCGAUUGAAUUAAAAAUAGAAUCGCCGGUUUACGUUAUUGAAGAAACAUAUGUAUAUUUUAUAUUAGAGAUUGGCAAGUUAUAUAUGAAUGAAUAUUUCAUUUGCCCUACUUAAAUUUCUUAAAUUUCGGAUACCAAACUGAAGUCCUUCCGUUUUGUUUAGGACUGCGAAUUGAAUGAAUAAACAGAUCAAAUAACGAAAAAGAUCGAAGAAUGAUUAAUGAUUAGAAAAAAUAAAUGGAAAACUCGGGUUGUAUUAAUUCAGAAAGACUCAACAAAUAGGAACUAAAAAAAGAUUAAGUCUUUCUAAUGAUCGAAUGAUUCAAUAAUAUUAUUAUUUAUUAUUUCAAUUUGGCGUUUUUAUUUUAGUUAUUUCGACUGGAUGAAUAUUACUAACGGAAUAAUUAA